AUGUUGUUGAAUAAUAAUUUGGAAUCUCCCAAUACUCAACAUUAUCUAUCUAGUCACCAUGCACACACAUUGCUUUCUUUGCAAGAUUCUAGUAGCGCAACUCGAAAUUGCCAUUUCUCCAUGAAUAAAUCUGGAAAUGGAAUGCAAAUAUUUACGCAAAUAUGGAAAUGGAAGGAAUCUGUUUUGGUUGAAUUUACUUGUUUACCAGACAAAGUGGCGUCGUCUCACGAUUUUUACGAUGCUCGAGUCAGAGUGUUUAUGCUAGUUGCUGGAAAGGAAAAGCAUAAAAAUAACGAAAAAAUUGAAAUUAGUGUGGGGGAUAAACAAAUCAGCGAGAGAAGAAACAGAAGCUUUAAUAAAGCCAGAAAUCCAGAAUUGAUAUCCUUGGGAUACAAAAUGUCGAAGCUUAAAGAACAUGUGUAG